AUGUCACUUUUGUCUGCACCCCCCACCCAAGGGCCCAGAUCCCGCAAACCAAAGAAGACACCGACCCCGAGCAAAGAGGACAAGCGGCCCCGGACGGCCUUCACCGCGGAGCAGCUGCACCGGUUAAAGACUGAGUUCCAGAACAACCGGUACCUGACGGAGCAGCGGCGGCAGAGCCUGGCCGGGGAAUUGGGCCUUAACGAGUCUCAGAUCAAAAUCUGGUUUCAGAACAAACGGGCCAAAAUCAAGAAAGCCACCGGGAAUAAAAACUCUCUGGCGCUGCACCUGAUGGCACAGGGACUGUACAACCACUCCGCGUCCAAGGAUGGCAAGUCAGACAGCGACUAGAGGACA